GGAAGUGCUAAGGAAUGACAAUUUGACAACCGAAACUUAAUUUUAACACUUCCCUCUCUCUUUCACCCACAUUACUCUGACCUUUUUCUUUUGCAAGAAUACUCGUUCCCAUCUUCUAUUCCUUCCCUUCGCUGCAUUGCUUCGGAUUUGCCGCAAAGAGGAGCUUGAUUUUAUAUUCCCCCCCUUCUUAUUCUUUCACUCUGGCUAGAAUUAGGAAGCACGCUGGAUUUGGGCUUUUGCUUACGAAGAUCUCGACCACUUAUGUCGCUGAAGUGACGUCUUGAAGCGAGUUUCAGAGAUCUAGCAGAACCUUGCAGAUCUUUGCAAUUCUAGAGGUUUCUUCGACUGGGCGUAGUUUGGUCAAUAAUGAGUUGGAGAUACAGGGCUGGUUUGUUCCUUAUAGCCGCCGUCGUUCUGAUCUGGGUCACCUCGGCUGAAGUCACUCAGGAUAUUUUUACAGAUUAUAAACAACCAUUUGCAGUGACAUAUCUGGGAGCUUCUCUCAUGAUAGUUUACCUACCACUAGCAUUCAUUAAGGAUUGGCUGUGUAAUCUACUUAAACACCACUCCUCUAAAACUGGUAAAAACGCAGAAAGCAUGGAUAAGCCUUCUUCUGGGCUCAGCUCGCCUCUCAAAGGCAAUGGAGUGCAGAAAAACAUUGAACUGCAAAUUUUAAAAGAUAGCGAUUUAGACCUUUCAGCUCUUGCAGAAGGAAAGCCAUUGGCAGCUAGACACAGUGAUAAGCAUGUGCUAAAGGCAGAGAAAGAACUUACUUCUUGGGAAAUUGCUAGUUAUGGUUUUUUCAUUGCCCCUAUCUGGUUUUUGACAGAGUAUCUAUCAAAUGCUGCCCUUGCACGUACAAGCGUUGCGAGUACAACAGUAUUAUCAUCUACUUCAGGGCUUUUCACUCUUUUCAUUGGUGCAUCUAUGGGACAAGACUCUUUAAAUGUUGCCAAAGUAGCUGCUGUGUUUGUCAGUAUGGCUGGGGUUGUCAUGACAACUAUGGGGAAAACUUGGGCUGCAGAUGAGUCACAAUACAGUGCUCACAAUGACAAACGCUCUCUGGUUGGAGAUCUUUUUGGCCUUCUCUCAGCCAUGGCAUAUGGUCUCUUUACUGUUCUUCUGAAAAAAUUUUCUGGUGAAGAGGGAGAAAGGGUUGACGUGCAAAAGCUAUUUGGAUACAUCGGAUUGUUUACACUUGUUGCCCUGUGGUGGCUUAUCUGGCCACUGACGGCCUUAGGAAUAGAACCUAAAUUUACGAUUCCCCACUCUGCAAAAUUGGAAGAAGUGGUUCUCGCUAAUGGAUUUGUUGGAAGCGUACUCUCAGACUAUCUCUGGGCACUCAGCGUUGUAUGGACAACCCCACUUGUGGCCACCUUGGGCAUGUCACUGACCAUUCCUCUUGCCAUGGUGGCUGACAUGGUCAUCCAUGGUCGGCAUUAUUCAGCAAUAUAUGUACUUGGCUCAGCUCAGGUGUUUGCCGGGUUUGUGAUAGCUAAUCUUUCAGGCUGGUUCACAAAGAAGUUGGGAUUGUAGCAUUUUGUGCCUAACCAUGUCAUGAUCUCUCUUAAACAUUAUUCUUUUACUGGGCGGUUCACUGUCCUGGUCGGGUGCUGUGCCACAAAUGCCUCGAUCCUGGUUUGGCAUCCUUAUGAAAGAAAUAAAAAGAAGAGGACAAGAGGGUGUAUAUUUCAUACUGUAUUCGUUGGCUGUGCAUAUAAUUCUAGAGUGAGGAUGUAUUUGCUGUGACUUAUGUGAACAUGGUUAGGUCACGCUGUCAGCAACUGUUUAUCAUUUUUACAUAAUUCAUGAACUUCAAUUUUACGUUUUA